GGAGGGCCACGCGCAGAGGCAGCGGGGAAGGAGCCGCGAGCGGUCCGGAGCCUCGGCGAGCAGCCGGGAGGCCCGCGGAGUUGCGCUGGGGCCGCACGGGCGCCGCUGAGCUGGGGGCCGCGCCCACCAGGCCGACGGGUCUACCCCGGCCUGGCGCCGAGGGGGUCGUGCGCUGUGGAGACGUGGAGGAGCCAGGCGCCGCGGCCUGAGAAAUAUCUAUGCAAGAUGUUAAUGUUGCAGACUUGGCUAGUGCAAGCCUUGUUUAUUUUCCUUAUCACUGGAUCUGUAGGUCAUCUUCUAGAUCCAUGUGGUCAUAUCAGCCCUGAAUCUCCAGUUGUACAACGUGGUUCUAAUUUCACUGCAGUUUGUGUGCUAAAGGAAAAAUGUAUGGAUAAUUUUCAUGUAAAUGCUAAUUACAUUUUCUGGAAAACAAACCAUUUUACUGUUCCUAAGGAACAAUAUACUGUCAUAAACAGAACAGCAUCCAGUGUCACCUUUACAAAUAUAGCUUCAUUAAAUAUUCAGCUGACUUGCAACAUUCUUACAUUUGGACAGAUUGAGCAGAAUAUUUAUGGAAUCACAGUAAUUUCAGGCUUCCCCCCAGAAAAACCUGAAAAUUUGAGUUGCAUUGUGAAUGAGGGAAAGAAAAUGAUGUGUCAGUGGGAUCCUGGAAGGGAAACAUAUCUGGAAACAAAUUUCACUUUAAAAUCUGAAUGGGCAACAGAGAAGUUUGCUGAUUGUAAAACAAAACGUGAUACCCCCACUUCAUGCACUGUUGAUUAUUCUCCUGUGUAUUUUGUCAACAUUGAAGUCUGGGUAGAAGCAGAGAAUGCCCUUGGGAACGUUACGUCAGAUCAUAUCAAUUUUGAUCCUAUAGAUAAAGUGAAGCCCAAUCCACCACGUAAUUUAUCAGUGAGCAACUCAGAGGAACUGUCUAGUAUCUUAAAAUUGACAUGGAUCAACCCAAGUAUUAAGAAUGUUCUAAGACUGAAAUAUAUCAUUCAAUAUAGGACCAAUGAUGCCUCAACUUGGAGCCAGAUUCCUCCUGAAGAUACAGCGUCCACCCGAUCGUCAUUCACUGUCCAGGACCUUAAACCUUUUACAGAAUAUGUGUUUAGGAUUCGCUGUAUGAAGGAAGAUGGUAAGGGAUUCUGGAGUGACUGGAGUGAAGAAGCAAGUGGGAUCACAUAUGAAGACAGACCAUCCAAAGCACCAAGUUUCUGGUAUAAGAUAGAUCCGUCUCAUACUCAUAGCUAUAGAUCUGUACAACUCAUAUGGAAGACAUUGCCUCCUUUUGAAGCCAAUGGAAAAAUAUUGGACUAUGAAGUGACUCUCACAAGAUGGAAAUCACAUUUACAAAAUUACACGGUUAAUGACACAAAACUAACAGUAAAUCUCACAAAUGAUCGCUAUACAGCAACUUUAACAGCAAGAAAUCUGGUUGGCAAAUCAGAUGUGUCUGUUCUAACUAUCCCUGCCUGUGACUUUCAAGCUACUCACCCUGUAACGGAUCUUAAAGCAUUCCCCAAAGAUAACAUGCUUUGGGUAGAAUGGACUACUCCAAGUGAAUCUGUGAACAAAUACAUACUUGAGUGGUGUGUGUUAUCGGAUAAAUCACCCUGUAUCCCAGACUGGCAACAAGAAGAUGGCACUGUGCGUCACACCUAUUUAAGAGGGAACCUAGCAGAGAGCAAAUGCUAUUUGAUAACAGUUAUUCCAGUGUAUGCUAAUGGACCAGGACGCCCUGAAUCUGUAAAGGCAUACCUUAAACAAGCUCCACCUUCCAAAGGACCUACUGUUCGGACAAAAAAAGUGGGGAAAAAUGAAGCUGUCUUAGAGUGGGACCAACUUCCUGUUGAUGUUCAGAAUGGAUUUAUCAGAAAUUAUACUAUAUUUUAUAGAACCAUCAUUGGAAAUGAAACUGCUGUGAAUGUGGAUUCUUCCCACACAGAGUAUACGCUGUCCUCUUUGACUAGUGACACAUUGUAUAUGGUACGAAUGGUAGCAUACACAGAUGAAGGUGGAAAGGAUGGUCCGGAAUUCACUUUCACUACACCAAAGUUUGCUCAAGGAGAAAUUGAAGCCAUAGUCGUGCCUGUUUGCUUAGCAUUCUUAUUGACAACUCUUCUGGGAGUAUUAUUCUGCUUUAAUAAGCGAGACCUAAUUAAAAAACACAUCUGGCCUAAUGUUCCAGAUCCUUCAAAGAGUCAUAUUGCCCAGUGGUCACCUCAUACACCUCCAAGGCACAAUUUCAAUUCAAAAGACCAAAUGUACUCAGAUGGCAAUUUCACUGAUGUAAGUGUUGUAGAAAUAGAAGCAAAUGACAAAAAGCCUUUUCCAGAAGAUCUGAAAUCAUUGGAUCUAUUCAAGAAAGAAAAAAUUAGUACUGAAGGACACAGCAGUGGUAUUGGGGGAUCUUCAUGCAUGUCAUCUUCUAGACCCAGCAUUUCUAGCAGUGAUGAAACUGAAUCUGCACAAAACACUUCAAGCACAGUCCAGUAUUCUACUGUGGUACAUAGUGGCUACAGACACCAGGUUCCAUCAGUUCAAGUCUUCUCAAGAUCUGAGUCCACCCAGCCUUUGUUAGAUUCAGAGGAGCGGCCAGAAGACCUACAAUUAGUAGACAAUGUAGACGGCAGUGAUGGCAUUUUGCCCAGGCAACAGUAUUUCAAACAGAGCUGCAGUCAACAUGAAACCAGUCCAGAUAUUUCACAUUUUGAAAGAUCAAAGCAAGUUUCAUCAGUCAAUGAGGAAGAUUUUGUUAGACUUAAAGAGCAGCAGAUUUCAGAUCAUAUUUCACAGUCCUGUGGAUCUGGGCAAAUGAAAAUGUUUCAGGAAGUUUCUGCAGCAGAUGCUUUUAGUUCAGGUAUUGAGGGACAAGUUGAUAGAUUUGAAACAAUUGGGAUGGAUGCUGCAGUUGAUGAAGGAAUGCCUAAAAGUUACUUACCACAGACUGUAAGACAAGGUGGCUACAUGCCUCAGUGAAAGACUGGUUCCUGUUACAACUUCAGCAGUACCUGUAAAAUAAAGCUAAAAAUAUUUCAUCUGUGAAUUCAGAUAAAAAAUUAUCUUCACUCCCUGAAGAUGAUCAUUUGCCCUUAAGGACAAAAAUGUACUGAACUUCACAUGGGCUAUUUCCAUUCCAGUAUAUCUGGGAUUCUACUUUGAGCACUACAUAAACUGACUUUAUCCUCUGAAUAGCUGAAUGAGUUUGUGCUGUUUCAGGAUGUUUGCACUGAAGAAAAACAAAGCUUGUCUGAAAUUUAUAAAGUAAAACUUCAUUUUGCUACACAGAAAACAGAGGGUAUUUAAAUAAUAAGCAGUGAUAUACUUAGUGAGCACAGCUAUACUGAUUUGAUGAGAAUAGUCAUCAAAUAAAGUGGCUUAGGGACAGUUAAUAUAGAGGAUCAACUCUAGCUGACAACAUAAUUUAAAAAGAGUCCAUAGGGCUAUAUGAGCCCAGCUUUUGUAGUCUGACAAAAAAGUAGGGGGGCUCGUUUAUAGUUAAUAUGAACAUAUAAAGUGUUAGUUCCUUUGCAUUGGUAAUGAUGCUGCCAGUUGUUGCUGGAGAAAAGGAAUUCCAGAGCUAUAACGUGGCAGAUUAAAAAUAUCCAUCUUUUUAAAAUUACAUAGUCAAUAAUCUCACUAAAUUUUUUUAAAUUUGCUUUUUAUCGACAACCUCUUUGAAGAUCUAUUUCACAAAUUCAGUGGAGUAGCCUGGUAAGAGCUAGGAAUGAACACAACAAACUAUCAAGCAUUUUAAAAAUUGUUUGCCACUUAUAAAGACUUAGAUUAACAUUUUUCUAUACCUAUACAUAUAUACAUAUAUCAUUGAUCUUUCUUGUUAAGAUUUCAGAGAAUUUGGUUGAUAAAGCACUUUAUACGUCUUCAGCUUAAAAUGUGUUUAAUUCAGUAUACUUGUUUUUUAUUUUUAAGUGGGCCAAGACUUAAAAUUUUCUUUUUUUCUGGUAGGUGUUUGAAGCAAACUGAGUUAGAGGAUUUGGGCAGUAUACACCAAAACAAAACAGAACUCAAAGAUGUACACAUUGAUCUUAGUAUAAUUAGCAAAUACCCUUAUUGUAGAGACACUUAGUAAAAAGAUGGUAUUUUAAUAUCUGCCAUUUCUGAGAUAGGGUAGAACUUAGUUUUACUUUGUGAUUUAGAAAUAUUUUGAACAGAACUGGAAAAAAGAUGUUUUUCAGUAGAGAAGUGAGCCACACCUCUGAAGUUUAGCACUAAAGCCACUAACGCAUUUAUGUUGUCCCUAACCACCACAUGUGACAUGGAGGCAGGGGCUAAAGAUAAGGGCUAAGUAAGAAGAAAUUGUCAUGCAUCAUUAGUGGUUGACUACUGCUAUCAAGUGAGUUUAGAGGAAAUAGAUUUGGUUUUCUUUCAUAUUUAAGUUACAGAAGCCAGGCAGACUUAAACUAGUUUGUAGAGGCUACUGAAGAAUAAAAGGCUAAGAAAAACUGGUAUACAUUUACAGUUGAGAUGUAAUUCUACUUUUUACUUUCUCAGAAUAUUUUUCACAUUAGACUUCCUGUUACAUUUUAUCCUUCGUAUUCUUGCAUUUAUGUAAGGACUAAUAUUUUUCCAAGUUCUCUUACAUAUAUGAUCUUUGGGAAACAGUUAAAUAGGUGGUUUAUUCUGAGACAUCCAGUUUUCUACUUUAGGCAAAAGUAGAUUGGUAGAGUGACAGAAUUAGACGUAGAUGAAGAAAGUUAGGCACAAAGGUCAAGUAGGGACAGAGACCCACAUUCACACUACAAGAUAAUGGCAUCACCACCGUUUAAGUUGGUCAGUAAAGGCGGGGCCAGAUCAGGACUGGAUUUGUCUUGCUAUAUACCAGCUUACUUCAAAAAAUUUAUGGAAAAAUAGAAUUAAAAGAUAAUACAAAUCUUUCCAUGAACUUUUUGAAGGCCCUCCUAUAUCUGUCAGAAAAUUUAUAACUAUUACAUUUUUCAAUUCCUCAAAAUAAGUAGUCAUGUUAUUGUAAUUGUGUUUAGCUGUAACCUUCCUCAUAACAAAUUAUAGUGUUGUGAAAGAAACUUUGUAGUGUGAAGUUUGUCCAUUUGAGGAGGCAGUUAUAAAAUGUGAACUCAUGGUCCAAGGGGAUGAGAAUGAAGGGUCAUUGAAGACAGGACCUCGCAUACACAAAUUUGCAUGUUGAAACCUUCAUAGAACAUGGUACAGUGAAUGAAUGCCUCUAGCCACAAGAGCACUUGAGACAAAUUUAAUGGCUAUGUGGUUACUGUGCAAAACUUCAUUCAGGAAAUGAAGAUAUAUUUGAGCACUAAUAUGUAAUGUAUGUUUUUGCCCUAAAGAGAAAAGCAAUCAUAAAACUUUUUUUUAAAUACAAGAUUACUUUCCUAGAGCAUGUCUUAGAAUAACUGUUUUGUGCACGUAAAUUGUAUUUUAGGUAGGUAGAGAAACAAAUCUGGUUUGUUUAUGUAAAAACUAGUCUAAUAAAGUUAGUGGAUUUAUUACUUUUUAAAUAUUUAGUGUCUAAAAGUGUUUAAAGUAAUGCUACCACAUCAAAAAACAGCCUCUUUGUGGACAAAACUAAUUCACUGCUUCUAAUGCAAUCGUACUCUUUAGGAUUAAAAAAAGAUUCAACGUAUAUUAUGUGUUGCCCUUGUAAUUUGACUAUCAGUUACUGGUGUAUUUGGUAUCCUGCCCUCAUCUCUCAUAAAGGGAUAAUGCAGAAUAACUUAGAAAACUGUGAAACUUCAGACUUUCCAAUAAAAUCUAAAAUUGUAAUCUUUUUUAGCAUGAAUCAAUCAGCAUUCAGAAACACACCCAAUAUUUGAGUAGAAGCAGGGAGAAAAAAGCAAAAUUGUUUAUAUUCUGUGUUCAUGUCAGUUCAUUACAUAGUUGUUUGAUUUCAACCUUAUUCUUGGAUAAGGGAUUUUACCACAUGAAGUCAUUAAUCUCUUAUAAGUCUUCCUAGCUCUUAUUAUGAAGUUAAAGGUUAAUGAAGUUGAAAUAUAUCUACAAAACAUUUAUUAAAGCUUAUAUUUAAAGUGAAACAUCUAAAAUAGUUUUAGAAAUAGAAAUCAGACACAUGUAAUUUUUAAAGAUGUCUUUUUUCUACCCACACAGUUAACUAGUUAAAACCAUUACAUAAAUGUAGAAAUAGAGUAAUCAUAUAGAAUUCCCAAAAGUAGUCCUGUGUACUGGCAUAUAUUGACCGAGUGAAUCAAGCAGGAAAUAUCUUCCUCCAUUCUGCUAUAUUCCACAUUGUUCUCCUGUUUGAUUUUGCUGAGUUGGUAUUAAGAGCAAAUUUCUAAACCAUAUUCUUAUGUUUCAAUAAAGUUUUAUUUUGUUGAGAUGAGUAAAAUAUCAAAAUAAUAAGCUACAUAAAACUUAAAAGUUUAAUGGUUUAAAAGAAAGUUGUUGGGAGAGCCUUCUUUUUUUUUUUUUUUUUUUUGGUUGGCCAGUAUGGGGAUUGAACCCCAGACCUUGGGGUUAUCAGCACCAUGCUCUAACCAGCUGAGCUCACUGGCCAGCCCUGGGGCCUUUUAUUGUAGGUAUCAUUGUUAUAUUGCCCAGGUAAGGUUAUUUAAAAAAAAAAAAAGUCGUACUUUUUUGUUAAUUAAAAGAAUAUGGAGCCAUAAAAUGGCAAGGUAUGUACAGUCAGCCUAAAAUUGGGCAUUGUCACAGAUUUCAGAGGUUUAAACUAGCAAACUUACAGCCUAAUUCUUUGGACUGCAGUUCCUUUUCAGACUGUUUAUAAACAGGAUUCAGAUAUGUCAAAACAAAACUUUCCAAAGCCAACUGUAAUAUCUUUUGGAUUAAUCUACUCUUUCCAUUAUAUAUGCUACUAGUAUGUGCAUUAGCACGAUUUCCCCCCCCCCCCCGCCCCCCCCGCUGGCCGGUACAGGGAUCCGAACUCUUGACUUUUGCAUGAUAUUCUUGUAUGGACUGCAUUAAAAAUAAAAAGGUGGCAGCUUAGGGCGGAGCUCUUCUGUCAUUCAUUUGUUCCUAAAUUUUUAAGGGCUUUUUGCAAGUCAAUAGUUCCCACAAACUGGUUAGUUUACCCAGUUCAUUAAAGUUGGUGGAUCAUUAUGAAAAUGUAUUUAAGGCCAGUGGUGAUAGAUGUUCCAGAUCUUUUAUUUCUUGAACACAAGCUUUGUCUGAAUGGUAACUAAAGGUUUUAUAUGCUGUUACAUGAAUAUCAAACUGUGAUCUGUCAGAAACAAAGGGAUAUUUUAAAGGUCGAUAUUUGAAAAUUCUUUAGUCUUAAUGUAUAUUGAAUAAUAUACUCUAAAAAAUGUAUGUGCAAUUUGCUAGCACGACAAUGCAGUAAUUAGCAUUAGGUACGAGGGUACUUCAAAAAGUUCAUGGAGAGAUUUGUAUUAUCUAGCAAUUUUAUUUUUCCACGAACUUUUUAAAGUACCCUCAUAUGUCUCCUUUCUAUAGUCCAGCUAUGUCCCAUUUAUCUUGUAAGUGCAAUCCUUUCACAUUUGCUUGCUGUUUUACCCCACCUAAUCUAAGUUCAUUUGGAAGCCUUGUCUGGAGUAUUGUAUGUAUUUUUACCUUUGCAGUGAAUUGCAUGUGCUAAUUGUAACCACAGUUAUUUUUAUGUUGACAUAACUCUAAAUGUUAUAGUAAAUGUUCUAUUAUAUAUCAGCUCUAAUCCUUUAAGUAAAUAUAAGAAAUAAAUUCUUGUUGGUA